GUGCUGGACAAUGGAGAAGGAGAAGAAGACGACGAUCACUCUACACUCUCACCCCAGUCCUCCGCCAAUCUGCUACCUGCCCGGCCUUCCGUCCGCAGCCCUCUUAGCUUCCACAGCUCCCUGAGCUCACAAUUACAAUCCAUCAUGGUGUCGAAGAGCUCGGAGCUGCCGAUGAUCAAGGGCGCCAUCAGCUUCUCGGUGAACCUGGCCCUUAUCCGGGGGAUCCCUGUGGCCCGGAGCCUUCGAAACUUCGGAGCGCUUUGGCAAACGUCGCCUCUGGACCUGGAUUGGCAGGCCCAGACGGGCCUCUGGAGCCCGGAGUCUUCGAAACUUCGGAGCGCUUUGGCAAACGUCGCCUCUGGACCUGGAUUGGCAGGCCCAGACGGGCCUCUGGAGCAAGUCGCAGCCUGUUGA